AUGUUGGCUGGCUUGGGCAAUGGCAUCGGUGACGCUGCUUGGAACUCUUGGGUCGGGAGUCUGGCGGACUCUAGCCAUGUCAUCAGUCUGAUGCAUGCUUGUUAUGGUGUUGGCGCUGUCCUCAGUCCAAUGACGGCAACUGUAAUUAUAAGCAAGGCUCAGCUUCCAUGGCACACGUUUUACUACUUCAUGGCUGGUCUGGCUAUGAUGGAGCUCGUUCUGACUACCUCUGCCUUCUGGUCCGCUACUGGGGUUGCAUACUGUGAAAAGAAUCCCAAGGGUCCAGAGCCGCGAGAGUCAAUUGUCCACGAGACAUUGUUCAAACUCCCUUCGGCCCGGGUUACUUGGCUAUGCGCAAUCUUCGCCCUUGGCUAUGUCGGACUGGAGGUGUCUCUUGGCGGUUGGAUCGUCACAUUCAUGUUGCAGGUUCGCCACGGAGAAGAAUUUGCCAGCGGUAUGACAGCCACUGGUUUCUGGGCUGGGCUGGCUCUGGGUCGAGUUGCCUUAGGUCUCGUGACCCCUCGAGUGGGCGAGAAGCUCGCAGUCAUGCUAUAUCUCGGCGCUGCCGUUUGUUUGCAGCUUUUGUUCUGGCUUAUUCCCGAAUUCUUUGUUUCCGCGAUCACCGUAUCACUCCAGGGGUUCUUCCUCGGACCCCUGUUCCCCACCAUGAUGAUAGCCAUCACGAAGCUACUACCGAGGCACUUACACGUCAGUGCUAUCGGUUUCGCCAUCGGUCUUGGAGGUAGUGGCGCUGCUAUCCUGCCAUUUGUAAUCGGAGCUCAGGCUCAGCGCCACGGUGUGCAAGUCUUAUCGCCGAUACUGCUCGGGGCGCUGGCAUUCUUGUUGUUCACCUGGUCCUUCUUACCCAACUUUGGUCGCAAACAUGAGUGA